AUGACCGGCGGAGAGGUUAUUUUUAACAUGCUGGUGGAGCAUGGUGUUGACACAGUUUUUGGUUACAGUGGAGGUGCUGUUCUACCACUGAUUGAUGCCUUUCACGGCAAGAACAUUCAGUGGAUAACGUCGUCUCAUGAACAGUGCUCGGGGCAUUCAGCCGCAGCUUAUGCAAAAUCGACAGGGAAAUUUGGAGUUGCCAUUGUGACAAGUGGUCCUGGCUUGACCAACCUGGUCACACCCAUGCAGGACGCCUUGACAGAUGGCGUUCCGAUGGUGAUCUUUUCUGGGCAAGUGCCUACUGGUGCCAUGGGCACCGACGCCUUCCAGGAGACAGAACAUGCCCUUGCAGCAGUUCAGCCUUGUUACAGUUUGGGACGUAUCUGUGUUAAUUCCAUUGAGUGCAUGCCACAGCCGUAA